UGAUAUUCAAAAUGGCGGAUGGAGCGUCCAAAGAUGAAAAGCCCGAAUCUAAAAUGAGCAAUCCGUCAGAAUCUAUCAAGCCUUCCUUGGAUGGCAAUGAAGGGAGCACAGGUGCGCAAACAAAUGGACUGGACUUCCAACGGCAGUCCAUCCCAACUGGAGGGCCAAUUACAACAGCUCAGGCCUUACUGGGACAACUACAGCAGGUGCAACUUCCUGGAACAACUUUGCAACCAACUGCUUCACAAACAUUAAAUUUACAGGUAAAAAGUGAGGAAUCGGGGGAUUCUUCGUCCCAGCAGACAACAACUCAGCCUUCACUGCAACCGUCUUUACAGACCACCCUACCACAGACACAGCUUAUGCUUGCUGGAGGGCAGAUCACUGGGUUAACGUUGACAACAGCACAGCAGCAGUUGUUAAUCCAGCAAGCGCAGGCCCAGCUAUUGGCUGCUGCAGUCCAACACUCAGCAAAUCAGCAGCAUAAUGCCACAGGAGCGACUAUUUCUGCCACAGCAGCAACUCCUAUGGCACAAAUACCCAUCACUCAACCAAUCCAAAUACAAGAUCUGCAACAGCUACAACAGUUACAGCAACAGAACUUGAAUCUGCAGCAGUUUGUUCUGGUGCAACCGGGUCACCCAAUCACCACCAACCUGCAACCAACGCAGUUCAUCAUCUCACAACCUCCACAGGGACAGCAAGGUCUCGUACAAGCCCAGAACCUUCUACAACAACUACCUCAGCAAAGCCAAGCCAACCUCCUGCAGUCUCAGCCAAGCAUCACCUUCAGCACGCAGCAACACCCGACACGCACAACAAUAGCAACGGCUCCUAUCCAGUCGGUACAGCAGAGCCAGUCGACACCAAAGCGCGUAGAUACUCCUAACAUAGAGGAACCAAGUGACCUUGAGGAACUUGAGCAGUUUGCCAAGACGUUUAAACAGAGACGUAUCAAACUCGGGUUCACUCAGGGUGAUGUAGGACUUGCCAUGGGAAAACUCUAUGGAAAUGAUUUCAGCCAAACUACAAUCUCUCGUUUUGAAGCCUUGAACCUCAGCUUUAAGAACAUGUGCAAGCUCAAACCAUUGCUUGAAAAGUGGUUGAAUGAUGCAGAAAAUUUGUCAGUGGACUCUGCACUGUCAAACCCCAGUUCCCUGGCUUCUCCAGGUCUGGGAAUCGAAGGGCUGAGCCGCAGGAGAAAGAAACGCACCAGCAUAGAGACCAAUGUUCGAGUGGCCUUAGAAAAGAGUUUCCUGGAGAACCAAAAGCCUACCUCGGAGGAAAUCAUGAUGAUUGCUGAUCAGCUGCAGAUGGAAAAGGAGGUGAUCAGAGUCUGGUUCUGUAAUAGACGCCAGAAGGAGAAGCGGAUAAAUCCUCCCAGCAGUAACAGUGGCACUACCACUACUACCAAAACAAUUUUUCACAACCCCACCUCCAUGGUGGCUAGCACUAGUAACCUUGUGACAAGUAGUACACCAACUACUCUGGCUGUAAAUGCAAUGCAGAUGCCUGUAUCCAGUGCUGGUGUGACAAGCUUCAGCAUUUCAGGUACAACUGCAUCAGGGACAGCUCCAACAAAUGUGGCGUCUGUAAUCACCGGCCUAUCUUCUGCAGUUUCCACGUCAACAGUCACUUCUCCAGCUCUAACCCCUUCACCAUCAGCGUCUAUUUCAGUGACUGAGUCAUCCAGCAGCAGUGAUACAAAUACCACACAGACAACCUCAACUGGCUUAGUAAAUCCUUUGUGCACAAGCCAAAUCAUGGUGUCAGCUUCUGGACUGCAGACAGCUGGCACUGCGCUACAAGCAGGAGCUGCACAGGUACCCACUGGUGCUGGGCUUGCUACCAAUCCAAGCCUAGCAGCCAUGGCUGCUGCUGCAGGACUAGCCAAUCCUGGCCUCAUGUCAGCCCCUCAGUUUGCAGCCGGAGGUGCCUUACUAAGUCUGAAUCCAGGGAGUCUUGGUGGUGCUCUUGGUCCAGCAUUAAUGAGUAAUAGCACACUGGCAACUAUUCAAGCGCUUGCAUCUAGUGGGACACUUCCUAUAACAUCCCUCGAUGCCAGUGGAAAUCUAUUGUUUGCAAAUGCAGCGAAUGCAGGGGGUGCUCCAAACAUCGUUACAGCCCCUCUUAUUUUGAACCCACAAAACCUCUCCUUACUCACCAGCAACCCAGCCGUAAGCCUGAUAUCUGCUGCCGGGACAACUGGACAUGCACCCAGUCUUCAGAUGGCCUCUAUGUCAGCUGAUUCCAGCCAGAACUCUUCGUUCACUGUGACCUCGGCAGGCGGGGCCACCAACACCACCAAGGCUCAAUGAAACGUAAUCCCUAGAGUGGAUCAUUUCAUCCAAUAAUGGGAUGUGUAGUUGGCUGCUUCCUGCAAAAGCAAAACUGAUGUUUGCCUAAAUUUUUUAACUUGCUUGUUUUUCAGGAUUGUGUCACCAAUGACAAAAAAGACUUUUACCAAAAAGGAAACACGUGAAUAUUUAUCGUUUCAGACGGUCGUAACAAUAUAGGAGUCAUUAACAAUGCAUAGGCAAGGGUUCUGUCUCCUCUUGGUAUCUAUUUUAUUAGUUCUUUUUAAUUGUGUGUUUAUUUUAAUUAGGUCUGUUGUACAGGCCUCUUUGUUUCAUAAAGGUGUUUAUAUCAUGUAUAAAUAGCAUGGGUUUCUUUAACUGGUACAGUUUAGGCAGGCCUGUACUUGGGAUGCUUGUGCAUCUUUUUUUCCUUGUGUAUACCGUUUUAAAAAAAAUUACGUUAAGUUUUUUAUUUUGUUGUUCAGCUAAUGUCUUUUGAAAUUGUUUCCUUUCUUAAAAAAAAGUUGUUCCUUGUCGGGUACACUGUAGAUUUAUGCACCGUUUGUAUAAAGUGGUUUACUGUUGGUUAUUUUUGUAGGAAAGAUUCAAAGAUAGAUGCAUUGAGACAAAAGUUCAUGAACUGGUGGUUUUAAAAACAUUAAUUGUUUUUAAAAUUCCUGAAGUUUGUCUGCCCUACCUAAAUUUACUGGCUGGGUAUAUUAGCUAAUGUCAUAUCAUCAGAGAUAUUGAUCCACUUGGCUGAACUGAACAUGGAGGCAGUUUUAAGGUCAGUGGAUCGUAAGUAUCUUAUAAUGCUUUUGUCUUUGCUCGGAUACUGAAGCUGGUUGGAACCAUCGUGGGAUAUGGUAGAGAUGAGCAAACUACAAUCCAAAUCAGGCCAGCCAUGAAAAGGGUCUCCAAUGGGGAAAAUUCAUGACCUAGUUUCUAGAAACUGGUUUAUUUAUAGAGACUAGAUAAUAUGACCCCUUAGAGCUUGAUAACAUAUCUCAUGUUGCCUCAGUUUGGAGUUUGUUUAUCAGUAAUAGAAAAUAGGUUUGCUUUGAGACGAGAGGCUUACAGUAUGCACAGUAUGGUUUGAACCAUUGCUGUAAGCGUAUUGAAACCAAAAAUUAAAGGACUGGAGUAGAACAUUGCAGUUCACAUGGAGUAAAAAUGGUGCCUGUCAUUUUCUAUAACUAUGCUUGGGAAGAGAGGGUGACUAACUUAUAUACUGCGGCCUCUGUGUCUAUUAGUUAAUGAACAACAGUUUACUUAGCUAUCUUGUGCUGAGUUGCCCACUGGAAAUGAAUGUGAAGCAAUAGUUUUCUUCAGUCAUGAAGCACAUAUUUUUUUUCCUGAUUAACACAUAACUGAUUCUUAAGUAAGUAUUGGGUUUGAAUCAAGUGAGUGUUCAUCUGGACAUCCUGUGCACUGUUGCUAUGUUGUUUGCCCAAACUGCUGCACUAAAAUGGUGUAAAUUUACUUAAACCAACUGGGUACUUCAUUUAAUUUUGGCAUUGGAUUUGCAUGGUUAGUGCUGGUCUUUAUGCUGGUAACAAUAACUGGAUGUAGCUAAACCAGUUUGUUAAUCCUUUUCAAAAUAAAAAUGAUAGUCACCAUUUUUGUUCCAUGUUAGUAACUACAUUUAUCUCCUUUUCAAGACAUAAAGAUUGCAGUGUUGGUAGUGUUAUGUUACCAGACUGCAAAUUAAAUGAAUAUAGCUGCCUACCAAAUAUGGACAGCUAUUGAAGCUUGAACCAAAGUCAAUUUUACCUAGCUGCUGUACCAAUGACAUUGUUUGCAUGAGUGCAGUUAAUAGGCAUCAGUAAUUUAGUUGCUACUAUUUAAAAGGUAGUUACUAUCUUCUACUUUUUAAUGUCAUUUUUCAGGUAAAGGGAUCUUUAAACAUGAACUUUAUGUUGCAGAGUUGUAACCAUUUUGUCAAGAGUCUGGUGCAACCAGUUUUCAUUGGGCAAAUCAAAUUUACUGGAUGGUUAAAUGUAGACUGGUGUUAGUUGUAUUAUGGAAGUUACGUUUCAAGAUGUAUAAUUUCUAAGAGUGCUAAAAUGUACAGAAUAGAUCUUGUGACAAAUGAUACUGGUGUCUUCAAGAUUGUACUACUGCAAUACUUAUUUCCUAGUUGAUCUACUAUUUUGACUGGAAGUAGUCAAUCAAAUUUUUAGGGAAAUAUCAUUGCUGUCCUUAUGGUAUAUUUUGGGCUUUGGACCAUUGGGAAAUGUUUGGAGCACAUAAACAAAUCUAAACUAAAAUCCUUUACUCCUUUGACAGAGUUGUCCAAUUCCUUUUAGUUCUUUUUAUGCUAUGAUAUAUGUGCCCAAGUUAUUGUUAUCUCCCAUUGUGCAAUGUUGUAAUGAUACAAAAAAUGCAAAAAUGUGCAUACUAUCUUGCGCCUGGAAAGAGUGAAUGGUACAUCAAAAAUACAAACUAUGCAAUGAAAGUUUUUUUUUAAAGACUGGUUGCCCCCACACGCUCAUCAUCAUUAAUAAGAGAUUGAAUUAGUGCUUAAUGCCAAAUUGUCCUUUUCCACAAAUACAACAUGCCUUGUGGUGGGAAAAUAAAAUUUCCAUGAAAUCUGAUACAGAGUAUUCAAUUAAAAGUGAGGUGCUUUUGUAGAGUUGACCUGUGCUUCCCAUCCACCAGGCAGCAUAGUAAAGACUUGAAAACAGAUUGUCUAUCUACCCUUUCGCUUAAAGAAUGGUGCAUGUGGAAAAUAAGUUGGCUAGGCUAGUUUCAAUAGUCAGUUUAUAAUGGUAUUAUUGAAACUACUCUGGUAUAUUUUGGGGAUAGCUAUCAAUACAUGAUGCUUUAAGUAGAAUUUGACUAAAAAAACAAACUGUUAAAUCUUUGGAAGCACUGAAGGGUUUUACAGUUUCUGCAAAACCUUUAUUGCACAGUUAAAAUAAGUAAUUUUAAUUGGAAACCAAGUAAUUCAAAAGUAGGGAAUAUACCAAUUUAUUUGAUUGAUCCAGUUGAAUAUAAUUUUAUUUCUUUAACAGAUAAAGGAUUUUAAAAGUUGCUAAUUAAGGUAAGAAAAUGUUGACAUUGAUUGUUUUCCACUUAAAUAAAUUUGCUGUUAACAAAAUAGCAGAUAUCUAAAAACAAAAACAAGGAUGGAAAUAAACUUAGACAUGUAACUAAAGAAAGUUAUUUCUGUUCUAAGUGCAGAAUGAAACUGCGUGCUAACAGUUGACAGGUAGUGAUGCAUGGAUUAAGAAAAUUCUCCCAUAGCUGCUUACUUUGAACCUCAGUUUUCAGUUAAGGUUCAAACCCAGCUGGGACAGUUUUAAAAUUUUGUGGUGUCUCUGAAUAAGACAAUUGAAAAUAAGGGUUGGGGAAAAUUAAUUUUGUAAUUCUCCUCAAUAGGUUGACAUUUUACUUCACACAAUCAGUAUAUCAUUGAUUAAUUUGUUGCCAAGAAAAUCAUGCUUAAUUUGUGGAGUGUAGUUUGAAGAUGAAGCAAUCAAAGUGAUUUUCAUUUGAGGUUCUUCUGGUUCUUGCAUAACUUGGAGAUGGACAGUAUCAUUUGCACCAACGUUGCAGACUCAGAUGCUGUAUGUGACAUUGAUAGGUGUCUAUAGGAUGCAUUAUAUCAACAAAUUUCUGAAACUGGUAUACACGUACAAUUAAACUUAACAGUUAAAGUAAGUAAUUUAUUUAGAAACCAAUUAAUUCAGAAGUAGGCCAUAUAUUCUUUUGGUCCAGUUGAAUAGGAUUUUACUACUUUCACUUCGAUAAAUAUUUAAAAUGAAGUUGCUAAUUAAGAUAAGAUGAUGCUGAUGUUAAAUUUUAAAACAUUUAGAAAUUGUUUACAUUUGGAAAUUCUUACUGAUGAUUUUUCCCUUCCAUGAAAAAUAUUUUACCCUUGUUUCGAAUUAGCCUUUAUGUUAGAAUCAUAGAAUUGUUAUGGCAAUUUUAGUAUUUUCAGUCACUCUAUAAUUCAUUGCAUUAGGACUUGUUUAAAACAAAAAGACUUGCAUGUUUUUGAUGUUAAAGAAUUAAUUUUUCAAAUCAAAUAAGUAAAAUUCCUUAACCAGAUAGAAGUAAAAAUUUUAUUGCCAAUGCACUUCAGAAGGAUUACCAAAUUCACUUUUUUUUUAAAUAACCAUAUGCCACCUACCUUCCUCGGGCAGUUGAGCUAAAACUGGAUAUGCAUCCCUGUACUUGCUAAAUUUUCAUUGAAGAUGCAUGAAAAAGUUUCUGAAAUAAACUAGGCUAUAUGAGACUUUUAUACCUGAUCUAUGGUUCCUGCAUUCCAGGAAUACAUUAUUUUGUGUUCAAGCUUUAUAUGCUGCAUGGAUCUCAAUUUUAAUUAUGGAAAUUGGAAUCAAUAUGCACAAAUAUUUAGCACAUUUAUAGUAAAUAUUUUUGAUGUACCUUAUUCACUUUUUUUGGAUCUGGGCAUCACUGUCAAGGCUAGCAUUUUUGCCCAUCCUAAUUGUUUCUUGAGAAGAAGGUAGUAAGCCACCUUCAAUUGAGAGCUUGCUAAGCCACUUCAGAGGGAAUUUAAGAGUGAACCACAUAGGAUGGGUCUGGAGUCACACACAGCCCAGUUAAGGAUGAUGUUUUCCUACCCUGAUGGAUGUUAGUGAACCAGAUGAGUUUCUAUGACAAUCUGGUAAUGUUCAUCGUAACUAAGACUAGUUGUUUUUCCAAAUUCCAGAUUAUUCUGAAUUUAAAUUCAGAUUUUAACUUUGGCCUACAGUUGUUUGACUUCAAAACUAAAUUUCAUUGUGUACAUGUACACUUGACGAAGCCAAAUAAUUUUGAUGUAUAUUAAACACAUGUAAGUAUACCUCAGUUUAAGCAUUAGAUUGAGUCAUAGUCAUAGUGAUUUUGCUUAUUUCUAAUUCAAGAGCAUGAUCACAUUUUUGAUAACAUUAUCAGCUAAUAUCUAAUAAUUCUGUGAGAGGCCUCCAAAAUUUAUUUUGGAUUAAUCUGUUGUGAUUUGUUGUACCCUUGAUCUGAAAUGUCUUUGGAAUGAAAUUGGCAUUAUUUUAUCCUUUAGAAAUGGUAUACCUUUUUGUUUGACAUUUCAUUCACUAACUUUUAAAUUCUCUUAUUUGGGGAUGCAACCAAAGUGUGUUACAAGCUUGGUUAAAAUUUAUUUUUACAUGUUAAAACAAUAGCACAAAUACUCAUUGACAGUCACCAGCAACCAAGUCAGAGCUAUGUUUAGGCUUGUUUAAGCUAUGCACCUUAUCCAGAAUUUAUUGAGAAUCCACAUCAAAGUGAGGACCUAUAAUCUUACACCUAAUACAUACUUCUAAGCACGGUUUAGAUCAUGAUCAUUCACUCUUAACCAUGAACAUGGCAAUGUAAUUGAUACAGAUUGAUCUGUAUAGUGUAUAAUCCUGUUUCUUUCCUCUUCCACUUCCUGAACAAAACAUAUUUAAAUUAAUUGUAAAACUGAAUUCUUUCUUGUGGCAAUAUCUCACUUCUUCAGAUAUGUAGUACUGCUCCCCAAGUUCUACAGACACAAAUUGUUUUAUUAUUAAAUGUACAUGACCCAUAUUGAUCUAUUUACUUUGUCUCCCAUGUGCAAAAUGUAGAAAUCUCCAACAAUACUUUAUUUAAUUCUUAGAACCCUACAGAACAUUGAGGCUCUUUUGUCUAUCAUGCUUCCAUUGGCUCAUUGAAAGAUCUUUCCAGUUGGUUCCACUUCCCUGCUGUCCAAAAUCCUGAAUUUAUUUUACAUGUCUAUCAAGUUCCCUUCUAAAGAUUAAGUCUAGUGAUAAACUGAUUUUUAAAAUGUAUUUCCCUUUGGCUUUUUUGCUAAUUACCAAAUCUGUGUGCUUUUUAGGUGCUUUUAAAUGCUGCUGCAAUAAUGAGUUGUUGAUUGUUGUGGGAAGGUCAAGUACACUGAGCAGUAUAUUUGGGAGUUCCAUUUGUGAUCUGAAAGAAGGAAACUGAUAUUCCACUAAUGUAUUAUAAUUGGCUUUGUAUAGAACUUUGAGGAGUUGCCAUGAGCAUACAGUUGCAGUUGUCCUGUCUGAAAGCUGCAAGACACUGAAUGGUUCUAGUAUAAAUGAUAGGGCUCUAAAAUUAAAGUUAAGUAAUGUAUAUGCUGUAUUUUAAGUGAACCAGCUUCGAGGGAUAGGAGAAAUUCCAUGAAAAUACUUUACUAAUUUUACCCAAUAUAUAAUGACCUUUUUUAAAAUCCAAUAAAAAGAUGGCUUUAAGAUAUUUGUGCAAACAUUAUCAUUGGGAAAUAAGACGUACCUUGCACCCUAUAAAUAGAAUGUGAGCAACAUUUUCCAUCAUUGCAAUCUUUCUAUGAAAAAAUAAAUACCUCAGCAUCGCUUAGCAGUUACAGGCUUGCUUUGCAAACACAAAAACUAUUCCUGAUGGAUAUGAUUGUAGAUUUAGAGAUUAGUAUUAGCUUUUGGGUGAUGUUCUAUACUUAAAAAUAUUUAUGGGUUUGGUUUUUCUCUUUAAGGUUCAUCGUGAUAACUAACAAAAGAAAUCCAUAUGUGAUUCUAUUUGCCAAAGCAAACACCGCCUUUUGCAACUUAGUUAAAUUGUGGCCUAAGUUUUAGCAUGCCUCAUCUCACAGUUUUUAAACUAGUUAAAAUUUUUAUUGUACAUUUUUAAACAGUAUCAAAGUGCUCAUGUUCCACAGGCCUUCUGUCAGAGAGGUGUUCAACAAUGUUAGGAGAUGGGAGAGGGUUCCACUAUAUGAAAGGCGUUUUCUGAACAAAAACGGAAAAAGGAACGUUUUAUCUGUGUUGUAUAUUGAAUAUAGUGUUUGUCACAUGAAUAGUUGAGCAAGUUUUUAACUUUUUAUUAUUGUUGAUGAUAGCAAAACUAAACAAUUCAGUCUAGACCAAAAAUAUAUCCUGCUCCUUGCACCUGCUUAGCUGAGCAAAGAAUAGUUGUGUAGAUGUGUGGCUAUGGUUGUCUCCAGGCAUUUGAUUUGUGCUUUAGAGUAACAGAUACUUAACACUUUGUCUAUCCUUGCUCUCAUUUUUGCAUUCAGUUGGUGGAAUGAGAAUCUGCAUCGAUUUCCUUACUUGUCUCAAGGUUUCAAGCUGGAUUAUGAACAGGAAGUUUAAAUCUGUUUGAUUCAGGAGUUUAUUGGAAUCAUCUGUGGCGUGAUUUAAAUUUACCAAGAAAAGUUUGACAAGCAAAUAUUAGGGGUGUGCAAUAAUCUUCAUAUAUGAGAAGUUGGGAAGAAAAUCCAUGUAAUUGAUUAUCUGGUGACUGAAGAGGAAAUUUUGUCCUUCUAACUUGUGCAAAGAUUUUGGGUUAUAUUCACUAAUAUUCAUUUUAGCUUUACAAUCUGAAAAUCAUAACAAUUGUCAGUUGCAUUCCUGAUAUUGGCAGGCUUAUAUCGAAUGUUUUGCAGUAUAUCACAUUUAGCUGUGAAAAUGUCAGAUCACAUUUUGACAUAAUUAUCUUGAAUCUGGUUAGUCAUUUAAAACAUUAGACAUUUUGGAUAUUAUAAUUUACAUUUUAACAGCAUGAAAACAGUAUUUUUGAAUACAUUAUAUUGCACACCUUUAAUAUUAACCUUCUGAAAUGGCUAUCAAAGAUUGCUUGAUAUGAGACGUAUUCCUUAGCGUGUUUCAUAUCAAUAUUUAAAAUUAUUGCUGAACUGGACAGUAUUUCUAAGAGAUGGUAGUAGUGUUGUCACGGUAGAACUUUCGAGCCCAGUGUAACAAAUACCAUUUUAGUGUCAUCACAUGGAGCGAAAGUCUGGUAUUGAUACUAGUGUAUAAACAUUGGUAAAUGUUGAUGUUCACUAUUGCAUUUUGCAUUGGAAAUUUAAUAUCAUACCCAAGUUGAGCAUUACAUUACUCCAUACUAAAAUUGAGGUAUCAAGAUAUUUAGUUAUUUUUUUACAUCAAACAAGGCAACAGAGUUUUUAAGAUACCCAGUUAUCUUUGCCAUGUUUUUUUUAUUGUCAUCAUGUUAAAGUAAUAGUUAGCAAAUCACUUAGUCAUUGUAUUCUGCAGAAUUGGGAUGAACAAAUGUUUGGAGCUCAGUAAACCUCUCCAAGAAUGUUUACUAUUAGAGGCAUCUUUUAAAAUCUUUAUUCACUUUAAAAAUAAUCCAUAAAAAUGGCAAAAUGCUGCUAUUUUUCUAUAUUCAAUUGAUCUUUAAUAUCUCUGGGAGAGAGAGGGAAACAAAUACACUUUGGGCUGGAUUAGUCUUGCCAUCCUUUUGCAUAGCUGAGAAGCAUUUUUUCCUCUGGUGUUCUAAUGUUUGCAUUAGAGAGUUGCGAUAUGUUUUUUUCUGCAAAAUUAUAUAUCAAAAGAUGUUAUUUAUGUUUCUUUGCUGAUUACAAUCUAUAAUUACCAGAAAAAUUAAUAUUACAUAAAUUGAUGAUUUUUUUCAACAUUCCUCUUUCUCUCCAAAAACUUGGUUUUCAAUUUAUUUAAAUGUUAAUUAUUGCUGAAGAUUAAUUCCUGAUUUUGAAAAGGCAAAAUUUCUAUUCCUUCUGCAUGAACAAGCAGUGGCAUAUGUAAGUUUGAAUGUCGUUUCAUUAGAAUUCUACAUUUAACCUUUGGGAGUUCAUUGUCUGCAGCAUCCGGACAAUAUUCCAAAGCACUUUUUCUUUUUCUGGCUCCCAGCUUUCAAACUUAAAAAUUCCAAAUCGCUUGCUCAUCCUUAAUAAACUUCAAAAAAAAAUUAGCCAGUUCUACAUUAUCUAUAUGAAAAGCCCAAUGAAAACGUUGCAGCUGACUCAGAUUUAAGGAAGCUUGUCUGACUAUUUUAACUUUAUUAUGCUUUCUUUGAUAUACCCUGAGGGGGAAAAAAAUGAUUCAUGGCUUGGAAGGUUCUGUAAUCACAUAGUUUUACUUUUCUCUCGAAUUUGUCUGUUGCUGUUUUUAGUAUGGUAGGACUUGAAACACACAUCACUAUUUGAUGCCUAUAUUUAGGCAUUCCCUUCAGUUACAUAGGAUUACAAUUUAUAAUUGAUCAAACUUUUCAACACAAUUAUUCAUGCAUAAACUAAUAUUUUGUAUAGGCAAGAGUGAUGAUUUUGUGAUGAUUGCAAUCAGGAGUGGUGCCUUUAAACUCGCUGUUCUCUUUCUUCCCCUCCUGUUUUCUACCUAGAAAAUCUCAAAGAAAGCAGAAUAAAUUUGUGAGCUUUUAAUUGAUAGAUACACACAGCUUCAUUAAUACUGUUUAAAUCCAUGCUAUGGAUCAAUGAGGAUGGUAGGAAAACCAGUUUAGUCAUUCAGUGAUUAAAUAUUCAAAAUUCAAGAUUCAUUCAAGUAGCAAUAAACUAAAUUAACAAUUCUGAAAGUACAGAUGGUUGGAUACUUUGAAUUUUACAUACAAUAUGAAUAUGUCACCAACAGAUAUGAAGGUAGAAUUGAUUCUCAUUUUAGUGACUGGUUAUGUAAAGAGCUCCACAGUCUUGGAAAAUGAUGUAAAAAGAAGUCUUGAUACAUGCAUUUCAGUUAUAUCAGAGCACUUGGAACAAAAGUAUGCACCAGGUUGUAUAGUAAAUUAAUAAAUGAAGGAAUUCUGAGGAAGGAAAUGAAAUUAUUUAUCAGAUUUAUUCCCCUGAUUUAGAAUACCAGACAGGUGUGUACAGGUGUGUACUUCAUGUGGCCAUUGGUUAAAGCCAAUUUGCAAUUUACAUAAGCAUCACUUCUACCAUAGGACAAUCAAACAGUUACUUUUCUGUAAUUAUAAGAGUCUUGAUCUGCUGCAGAAAUUAUUGAUAAUGUUUUAUUGUUGGGUUAAUAAUAAACCAUAGUAAUUGUUAAAGAGCAGUAAUUUAGCUGUUGACAUUAAUUACCUGAGGAAAGAAAUCUGAUACUGGGUAAAGUAUUAGAUAUCCACUACAUUUUGCUUAUCACUGAUUUGGAACACAUUUUUGAAAUAUUGCUUUACAGUCCAGUCAGCAGUUAUUAAUAUUAUAACUGAAAUUCCCUUAGAAGUUUAGGUACGUGCAAAAGCAGUAGAUUCAUUAAUUACACAAGGGAUUGUUACAUCAUUUGUAGUAGUGGAUUUUGAAAUUGCUCUGUAUUCAGUAGGAUCAUUAGUGAAAAAGGAUUAGUGAAAAAUGUUGUUCUUGCUAUGGGAAUUAGCAGAAGGAAGAAUAUGCCAAAUUUAAUGAUGUCUUAUUUGAGUACCAUUUCAAAUUUUAAAUGGAGGUCCCUGUAAGUUUCACUGUCCACUUGCCUGGUAUGAUUAUUUCAUUUUCUUCUUCAGUUGUUUAAAUGAUAGUGUCACCAUUUAUCCUAGGUACAGGAGCUGUUGUAUACCUCAUUUCUAACUCGUGACUGAGUAUCUCGCUUUAAUGUCCCCACCACUCCCAUCCCAUCCUGAUCUCCUCUCCCCUCCCCCACUCCCUCAGAGUGGCUGAACCUGCCACUGAUUAUACUUUUUUAAAAAAAAAUCUGACAUGUAUCAGCACUAGCAUGACAAGUGAAUAACAACAGUCAAAAUUGACAGUGUAAGUGCAGUUGAGCAUUUUGCAGUCCCUUAACUUUGUUACCUAGCCAUUAAUGUCUAUGCACCCUUCUCUCCCACUGGAAUUUUAGCUAAACUGCUGAACUACCUUCUCACCUCUACUGUAGUCCGUUGUUUUCACAACCACCGUACUGUGUUCUGGGUUGUUUCCACUUUCCAACCUGGGCAAGUCAGAGGCUAACUCGCAACUCUCAACCAAGUAAACUGGCUAGAUACUAAGGCUGAUCACCACUUGACACAAGUGUCCUAUAAGAUGUUAACCCAAUAUUCAGCAAGCAAAACUCUUGUCUUUGGGUUUGAGACGCACAAUUUGAGCUAAUUAGGUGAAAGUGGCAGAUUUAGUUUGCUGAAAUUUUCUAUUAAGCAUAUAAAUCAAUCAAUGCAUGAAUUGUUUAACUUUGAUCUUUGAUUAUUGAAGCUUUCAUUGAUAACAAAGCUCCUGUUGUAGAUCUCCAAGGCCCCAUGUAAAUACAAAAAAUAUAGUUUGCACUUGUUUAUCACAAGUGUCAUCCCAGACUUGGUGCAUUUGUGUUCACUGGAAACUAGAAUAUGUUUUCUUUGCUUAUUCUUUACAGUUGUCAUUUUGUGAUGAUUCUUCUCCUCGGCUCUGUCCCUCAGUGUUAGCCAAGUCCAAGUAGAGAAUUGCACAGAAGUGCUAGUGGGCAAAUACUGGUUGUAUAUCAAAAGGCUGUUCAGUUUUGACAAUCUUCUAUCAGAUCAGGUAAGGGUGUUGUUGCCCAUCAUUAAAAAAUGCCCUGAUGAAUAAUGAUCAUUCUGAAUGUAAAUGUUAGUGAUGGUCUUUCCUGCCAUGCUUAGUGCUUUUGUUACAUGACAGCAACCUUACAUUGUGCUGAUAAAACCAAAGACUUUAUUAAUGAUUGUAUGAACUAAAUUUUUUUAAUGUCUUCAGUCCUAUACUAAUCUUAUUUCUAAAGUGUGAAUAGCUUACAGUAACUAAAGAAUUGCAUAAAUUAAAGAAAUCAGCUUCAUUCUUUCUACCAAAGCAGUAAAGGGCUGCUGAAAGUGGACCGCCAUGUGUUAUUUGAUUGGUGAAAAGACUGGAGACUCCUGUGGUAGGAUUGGCUCUUCUGAGGGGCAUUUAUCCCUAUGGGCUGGGUAAUCUGGAUUUAUACACAUUGAGGUGCUCUUCAGAACUGACUGUAACUAGCUGGAUGCUGCCAAUUGAUUUUGUGAAAGAAAAAUAAAGACUAAAAAAGAUGUAGCUUGUGUAUAAAGGUUUCAUCUCCUUUUCAUUAAUACCACUGUGCAACUAUGCAUUGUAUUCCUCAACCUUGUGCUAGAUAGAGACUCUACUUUUUUUUGUGUAGAGAAGGAUGUUUUUUUAUGUUGUGGAGAUUUCUUUUGAGUACUAAUUGGGGGUUGUAGGAUCAUACAAGCUCUAUCCCAAAGCAAAAUACAAAUAUUAACAUGCGCCUAAUGCAGAUACCAAAGAUUUGUUUCUUCUUUGCAACCUUAGAAUUGUGUAUUAAAUGCAAUUACCCAGCAGGCAUUAGUCUAACCUCAGUAAUUCCAAAGCUUAGAUGUAUAUUUUGGUAUAUUUCUGGGAUUAAAAUUGUUUUUUUUUGGUUGUCAAAUCCUUGUUUGUUUCAGUGUAUUGCUCUAUAAGUCAUGGCAUGAGAUGAUAAAUUGUCUUUCUUGGUAGUUUAAGAUAUAGUAUUUUUGUAUGUUUUGGGUGUGUUUUGUGUGUGAGAACAUAACUGUUUUUCACUGCCUAGUUGUUCAUAGUUUUAAAACUGUACAUAUUAUCCAAUUUUGGACGUCCGCAGGCUUAUAUUCUUUAGAUGUGUUAUUUAUUGGAAGGUUUUUAAAGGAGUUUUUCAUUAGGCAGUAUUCCUUUCUAUAUUAAAAAAUUGUAUAUCUACAUAAUAUCUUUGAAAGUUAAAUUGGUUUAAACAAAGAUACAGCUUGUUCACAAAAUAAUUUGGUGUUUUUGUAUGUAAAAAGAUGUGGGGAUCCCAAAAUUUCCAAUUGGAAUAAUAUAAGAUGUGGUUUAUACGUGCCUACUGUUGAUGUGUAUUAAAAAUAAAAUCCUAGUAAAUAGGGGAAUGCAUUUUGUCUGUUCCAGCAUGGUUUUGCUCCUUUCCUUCCUUCUCCAUCCCUCCCCACCCCUUUGGAUUUCUACUGCCAGUGAGUCUCCUUCAAAGAAGUUACACUAUUAUUUAUCGUGUAUAUUGUUCAGAGGGUGCCUAGUAGAUGGAGUCCGAAUUAAUUUAUGAUUUAGUAAUUCCAGGAGACCACAUCAUGGAUAUAGACAUUCCAGAGGAAUGCACCUGAUGAUUCUAUCUAAUCACAUUUGAUAUUGUUUAAGUAGAGAAUUGUAGGAAAUAAUACUAGCCAAAAAUGAUAUGUAGAUAUAAUUUUUGGUGGUCUUUUACAUGGAUUCAAUGUACAAAUUCUGUUAAUGAUCAAAAGGAAUACUGUUGUGAAUUAGUAAAUUUCAUGAUUUGUUCAUUAUGUCUGAAUGAAGAUGUGUAACUACUCAGCAAGUGUAACUUUAUGGUUUUCAGCUGCAUUGAACUAUUCCCACAUGUGCAUGGUUGUAUUUCUUGUACAAUAAGAUUGCAGCACAGGUAACCUGCGGACGUCCCUGUAUCCAGUGCACCUUAAUGCAGUACUGCAGUUGAGUGUGUUCACAUAUACACCGAAGAUUUUUGUUAUGUAUAAACAUCCAAUAGAUGUUUAAAAUUGUCAGACCUUUACCAGUGCAAAUGUUGCAAAAAAAAAAGUAGCAAAUGUGUAGUAACAGCAUCUUAGUGUUGAGGAUUUGUUAGCUUUAAGUUUACUGCAGUCAAUCCUUAAAAAUGCCUUGGUUUGCUUUCUUUACAUGAGUUGCCUGUUCUUCUGCUACAUUUUUUACUAAUUGUUAUUACUACUUGGUAGGACGGGAAUAACCAGACCUGUUUCAAAUAGCCCUAAACUUCAAUUCAUUUAUAAGCAACGUAAUGCUGAAAGAAAUUUUUUUAAAUGGCAUGUUAUCUUGGACAAGAUACAAUUCACUUAAACGCUGAAAAUUUCAACAAUAAAAGUAAAAGCUAUAAAGACUGUUAAAAUUGGUAAUAUCUUUGGCCCUUCAAAUGGGUUCAGUAUGUGAAUGCAAAAUGCAUAAACAAUUGUGGUUUAAAAAAAUUGUCAGAUUACUUCUCACUUUCAACAAAGUAGCCUUUUUUUUCAGAAAUGUUGAAAAGGUUUUGAAAAAUUUGUGCAAAGGUAAUUUAUGAGAUUGCUGAAUAUUGCAAAAAUCAAUGUUUCACUAAGAAUGAUUACAUUUUUGCAUUCCAGUUUCCCAAAUUUAUUGAUUUUGUAAUUGAGCAAUACAAGUUACAAACCUCUUAUGAUUACAGAACAAUUGCACUUUCUACAGUUGGUAUAUGUUUAGACUAGUCUAUCAUAAACUUGGUAAUAAAGACAACUACCUGUGAUGUUUUUCUGGAUGAAUGACGUAAAGCUUUUACAAAAUCUCAAAUUAUGAUCUUUGAUUGAAAAUGUUUAGCCUUGAUGAACUACAUUUGAUAUUUGCAACUAUUGUUAUAUCUAAUUAAAGUGGUGUCAUAGAUCCUAAACAAAUGAACCAACCUUUUAAGAAUUCUAUAAAGUGUCUGAAAGUGUCUGCAGAGUACCACUUUGGAGAAACUGGCCAAAUUAAACACACAAUAUAAUUGCUUGGAAUUUGCAACUUGCUCAAUGGAGACUCCUUUUCACUUUUUUGCUCUUGAUAAAUCAUUAGAUCAUUUAAGAAAGGUUAGGGAAACUGAAUGACAAGGCGUUAAUAGAAAUUAACUUACCAAGCAAGCAUUUUCUAAAACAUUUGCUUCAAUUUACCAAACCUACAUGUGGGGUUUUAUAUAACGACUUAAGUUAUAGUACCUAAUUCCAAAUCUGGUUCCUUUUUUAAAAAAAAGAUUGAUAAUUCAAACAAAGUUCUCAAAUUUUUAAAUUAGAUUCACAACAGUCAUCUUGAUAGAUUUAACUUGAUAAAUUGUUCCAGUCUUACCAAAUGUUGAGAUAAAAAUUUAAUUUAACUCGGUAUUAACACUUCCUUUGGGCAAACAUUUUGACGGUUCUGAAAUGUUUUUUACUUUGUUAGUUUUCAUUCUUUUCACAACAUGAUCAUCAAUAUCUAUCCCAAAUUAUCAUUCAGUUGAAUGGAUUUCUUAUGAAAUUUCAGAGGGCAGUCAAGGGUCAACUCCCUUGCUGUGGUCUAGAGUUGCACAUGAACAAAGAUAGUAAAUUUUCUUGUCUAAAAGUAGUCACUGAUUUUUGUUGAUUUCACAGUUACUGAAUUAACUGAAUUUUCAAUUUCUCAAAAUGCAUGAUGGGAUUUGACUCUAGAUCAUUCGGCCAGACAUAUGAAUUAUAAAUCCAAUAGCACUUGCAGCAUAUUCUCAUUUGUUCAUGAUAAUCAAGAGCUCUUGUUCUUUCACAUACUGGAGCAGUCUGCCUCAUUGAAUAUCUGACACUAUUAUGUUAAAAUGCUUGUACUCUAAAAAGCUUGAUUUGUUACCUGGCCACUAUUAUAUGAAUCCACAGAUCUAAAUAUACCCCCAUUCAUUUUAAAGUAAUUGUUAGUGGUUUUUUUUACAUUUUGGAAGAAAAGCAGUUUUUAUUAAAUGAUGACAGAUAAAUAUAGGUCCCAAGAAAAUUUUGGACCACUAAUAAUUUGCAGAACUGACAUAACACCAGCAACUAGUAAAUAUAGUUUGUUGAAGUAUUACAUAUUCCAAAGUUACACAUGAGUAAUUAAGGGUUAUUUUUUUAUAAAUCCAUUGGAUGUAAGUGUGAAAACAUUGCCUUUCUCAUUGAUUUGUCCUGUGGCAUCAAUAAACAAAGAUCAAUAUUAGUUGACAGAUAGCAGCCUUAUAGUUAAAUAAUUGAUCCUACAAUCUUUAGGUGCAAAACUGGCAGUAAUGCCAAAUCUAAAUUAAUCUGCAACUAUCUAUUUUGAUGGUAACCAAUUUAAAAUGAUUAAAAAAGUUUGGUGGAAGCAGUUUUUAAAAUUAAAAAGAAGUGCAAAUAUGAAAGAGGAAAAAACUUGCAGCCAUUCUACUCCAGUUAUCUUAAUGAGUUGUAGUCAUCAAGGUCCCUACAAAUUUCUUCUUUUAAAAAAUAAUUUUCAAUGAGAUUCAGAAUUGUUACAUCACUAGAUGGUAUAUCUUGUAUUACUAAUACUUCAAUUUCAGUUUAUUUAUUGUGCAACAUUUGCUGGUACUUAAUACAUGAAUAGCAUGAUCUUUUUGAAGAGUAGCAAUGAGGAAAUUUUAAAUCACUCUAGCUCUUGAGGUUAGAAAUAUGAUUGCGGCAUUUUGUUGUGUAUAAAGUAAUUCCAACAAUAAACUAGUGUGAAUGCACAUUUCAUUAUAUUGUACACUGACACAUUGCAACAGUAAGGCAUUAUUGUUAAGCAUUGAUUUGCAUAUUGCUGUGUACUGGUAUAACCAUAUUAACUUACAAUGUACAGUAUCACUUCUGGCUCAAGAUGAACUUGAGAAAAAAGAUUAACCUUUGGGAAAUUGUAAGGACUAAAUUGUCAGGAUAUUAAAUUUUACACUUUGACAAAUUUAGUUAUUUGAUGUCAUUUGGUCUUUUCUUGUUUCUGGUACUAAAUAUUCUGCUUAGUAUUAGCAUUUUUCCUUAGUGAAAUUCAUAAAUAUGUGACUACACAUUUGCAGCUCUUCUCAGUUGUGUCUUUUAUAAAUUGUAUAUUCAGUCCUUUAAGUCAUUUUCAUAAUUUUAACUGGAACAACUGAAUUGAAUCUCAAUGCUGGGGUGCAUGGGGGGGCAGGGGGGUGAUGGUGCUCAAGUCUACUGCUGAUGACUUUGGAAAAUAAUUUCGUAAAAAAAAUUAAUCAGGACUUCUGAAAAAUAAGUUAUAUUUUAGGGCUUCUACACUGAAUACUUGCUGAUUUAACAUCAGUGUUUUGGAAUCAGCAUAAACACUGAUGCAGUUAUUGUCUUUUGUCAGAAGAAUGAUGUUUCCUCGUACGCUUAAAAUUUUAGGCAUAUUGCUUAUAAAGUAUCUAUUUGUGGAAUUUAAUUUAAAAAUCAGUACCUUGUGAAUGGAAAUAAAAAUAUAGCUAAUGUUUAUGGUAAAUAGUAUUAAAAGUUGAACAAAUCAUUUAGCUGGAAAUUGAAAAUGGCAAAUAAAAGGACAAAAUGUUGGUUUCAUUACAGUAGUAAAAUUUGCCAAAUUUAACGAGGAAUCAGUAAGAUUUUAUAGACUUUUUGCCUAUUUUAGUUUAUGAAUUUCUGAUUCUCAUCUCUUUUUCUCUGAUCAUUGAACUAAAUAUGUGCAGAUUGAAAGUGAACCUGCUUCCCUAACAUCAAGUGCUUCAGUCAUCUUCAUUUGGGAAACUGGUUCAUCAAAUAUGCAUAAGUAGAUAACUCAUCAGUUAAUAUAUAGGUAGAACUGGGACUAGCUAUUUGUAUCAGGAACUUUGACACAAGAGCCAAAAUACAAACCAUUCUAAAUUGUCAGGUGGCAACUAUAGCUGAGCACAAUUUUUCAAUAUGUUCCAAUCAAGAUGUGACAACUGUAUUUCUUCAAUUUAAGCUUUUAAAGAAAAUUUGAUUUAGGUGAUUGCACAUAUAAUUUAAUGUGAUGCUUCCUGGUUCAGUCACGUUAAAUGGCUACUAGUCUGGUCUGCUGUACAUUGGAUAUAUAUUUGAGCUUUAAGGUGUUAAUUUAUUUCCCAGCCCUUUAAUUUAAAAAUAUCUAUUCAAACUAAAUCCUAUUUUUCUAAUUUAUUAUGAAACCAGCUACACAGCGUUAAGUAUUCUUGAUAAUUGAGAUUUGCUCAGUUGUAUUAGAAAUACAAAUUUAACAAUAUUGCUUCUGUCUGCAUUAAGGUAAUCAUUUAAAAAAAGUUUUAAAAUUUCCUUUUCAAAAUCAUUUCUUUUGUAUAGUACACAUUGCAGAUAAAGCGGUCCUCAACAACUGCCGUGAAAAAAUUCCAUUGCAGCUAGAUUUUUUGUAUUGUAAUGUGGUCAUUUUAUCCAAUCAUUUUGUAUUCAGUUUUUGUAAUGGCGUCUUGGUUCAUUAAAAAUCUGACUUAAAUGGGAAACCUAGUUAUUUUCUGCUUGCCUUUGUAUAGUCCGUUCUUUUGAAGUUUGUAACUAUUUGAGUAUUUUUUGGUGGUUAAUCACAGAAGAAAGACUGUUAUAUUGUCACUCUGUAUAUAAUUGUAAACUACAAUUGAACAGCAUCUGAUUCCAAUUAUUAAACUAAUGGA